AUGGCCAAGUCGUCGCCGGCAAAUAUUCCGGCCACUAGUUUAGAGGAUUAUGCUCAUAGUCCCGUCCACUAUGCCGUCAUUUUAGGAGAUCACACCGGUUUGGCUCGUCUGGUUUCGUCCUUGCCUAAGCUAACCGAUCCAGACCAUAUCCACACCGAGUCCGACUCAGUGAGCCAAGAACGAGUGGCCGAUCAAAUCUCAGCCGUCCUUGAUCGCCGUGACGUUCCCUUCCGAGAAACGCCUCUCCAUCUGGCCGUGCAUAUCGGAGACGUUUUCGCGGCGAAGACGAUUUCUUCCGCCGGCGCAGAUAUCACGCUCCAGAACGCCGCCGGUUGGAAUCCCCUGCACGAGGCGCUUUGUCGUCGGAACUCCGAGAUCACGGAGACGAUUCUCCGGCACCACCGUCGAUCUGCGUGGUGCAAAUGGAGACGGAGACUGCCUCACCUGAUCGCCGUCCUCCGCCGCAUAAGAGAUUUCUACAUGGAGAUCUCUUUCCAUUUCGAGAGCUCCGUGAUUCCUUUCGUCGGAAAAAUCGCUCCUUCCGACACUUACAAGAUCUGGAAACGCGGCGGAGAUCUACGCGCAGAAACUUCUUUAGUCGGAUUCGACGGGCUCAAAAUCCGCCGCGCGAACCAGAGCUUUCUCUUCCUCAGCGACGGAGACGAGUUCCUCGACGUUUCUCCCGGAACGUUGCUUGUGUUGAACAGAGACGAUAAAACGAUCUUAAACGCUUUCGAAAACGCCGGAGACACGAUCAGCGAUAAGGAAGUCGCCAGCUUUUGCUCUCAGUCGAGCUUGUACCGUCCAGGGAUGGAUGUUACGAAAGCAGAGCUCGUUGAGAUGACGAAUUGGCGACGGCAACAGAGGAUCGAAACCGUCGGAGAAUGGAAAGCUAAAGUUUACGAGAUCGAGAACGUCAGUUUCAGUUUCAAAUCGCGGAAAGUCGUUGCCGUCGCCGGAGAAACAGAGCAGAGUUUGCCUCGGGACGAACAGAGUCAUCGGGGUUUCUCGGAACCGUUGCGGCGGCAGAGGAGGCAGAACAGCUGUUUCAACGUCGAGGAGAAAGAGUUACAGCCGCGUUCUACGACGAGGAGGAGAAGGUCGGUUUCUCUGCCGGAAGCGGCGGUUCCGGUGGCUUGUUCUGUGCCGCGGAUAAAAGAGAAGGAACUUGUGAAGAGUUUAAGCCCUUCCGUUUGGUUAACUGAUGAUUUUCCUUUGAAGACAGAGGAGUUGCUUCCGAUGCUCGAUGUUUUAGCCAACAACGUUAAAGCCGUUCGGAGGAUGCGGGAGAUUCUCACCGCCAAGUUCCCGGCGGGAACUUUUCCGGUCAAGUUGUCGAUACCGGUGAUCCCGACGGUGAAGGUAGUAAUCACAUUCAGCAAGUUCGUGGCUCUCCGGCCGAUGGAUGAGUUCUCCACACCACUGUCAAGCCCGAGACACCUCUCAGCUGCUGUCGAAGACCAAUCCGACGUGGACAGUGACGAAAAGUCCGAUGAAAGAACAACUUCACGACCAUCGUUUUCAAAGCCGUCUUGGCUGAGGAUGAACAUCACGACUGCCGGAAAUAGUUCACAGCGGCGGAUGGAGGAGGAACAAAUGGUGGAUCCAUUUGAGAUACCGGCAGGGUAUAAGUGGACGAGCAACUCAGAUAUAUCAGUCCAUUCUCUCCAUAUUUCCACUUAUUUUGCUCAUUCAAAAUUUUCUUUCCUCUUUACCAAGAAGAGAUCCAAGAAUUAGAGGUACUCUUUAUAUUGUGAUCAUAAUAGAAUGGCGAGUGAAGCACCGAGUUGGGCGGAUCAAUGGGGGACCGGUGGAAUUGGGGUGAUGGCGGCGGAGGAGGAAACCACUAACGGCAAGAAAGACGCCGCCGGGAAGAAGUCAGGGAAGACCAAAGCAGGGUUUAACAGAGCUAAGAUGGUUGCGUUUAUUGGUGUCAAUUGGAUGAAGAAUCUUGUGCAGAGGAAGAAGAGCUCUACUUCAUAAAAUUUACAUGUGCUUUCUGCUUCUUCUUCUUCUUCUUUGUCUCCUCUCUCAGUUUAACUAUUACUUCAUUCUUUAUAAAAAUGUGUGUUUUGGAGUUUCAAAUGGUGCAUCCCACGAAGGCACGAAUGAUUUAAGAUUUGUUCUAUG